AUGGAAUUAAACUUUAUGAUAUUUCCUAUCCCCAAAAACACUUACAGAGAAGGAGAUCUCAAGGAACUAAUCAAAAUUCCAUUCUACGAAGACAUAUUUAAAUUAUUGCCUACCUCUCCCAAAACCAGAAUCUAGUUUCAUAAAAUACAUCCGUUUAAGCCUCCUGAAGACAUUCCCCAAGUAUGUGAUCUCAUCUAAGUCUAGGAUGUCAGUACUCAAUCCGUCUAUGACGAUCAAGUUGACGAAUUGCCCACUUAAAGAAUACCUCAUAUCACUUAAACAAAAACCAUCUAACCAAAGCCUCCAAUCCAAACCAGCAGGUGCGGAUUAAGACUGUCCAUCUCCCCUCGUGUCUCUUUUAACAAUGAAUCCUUGCUUCCCACUCUAACAAAUCGGAGUUGUAAAUAAAUAAAGGAGAUCCCGUGCUUAUAUUUGAAAUCCUACACCAUGACCAAAAGAACUAUCAUAUAUUUCCAUGCCAAUUGUGAAGAUCUCAAAUCCUCCUACAAUCUGGUUGACUUCCUCAGACACAAUAUGAGGAUGAACAUUCUCGCAGUCGAAUAUCCUGGCUAUGGAAUUUAUCAAGGUGAGCCCUCUGAAGAGGUUAUUUUGAAAGACGCCGAAUACAUCUACAAGUAUAUGGCCUUUCAUUCCGGCGUAGAGGAAUAGAAUAUUAUUUUGAUGGGAAGAUCCAUUGGCACUGGAGUUGCAUGUCAUGUUGCCUCAAUGUUUAGACCAGCCACCCUGGUUUUGAUCUCUCCCUUCCUAUCCUUACAAGAAAUUGUUUAGGAGAAGUACCCCAUACUAAGGAAAAUGCUCAAAGAGAGGUUCACAAACAAAGAUAAAAUACUAAGGGUCAAAUGCCCGCUCUACAUCCUGCAUGGACUCAAAGAUUCAAUCGUUUCAGUAGAGCAAGCCAAGAAACUGUAUGGUAUUUCUGAUUUCUUUAAUUCUUUUGUAGACUUGUGCAAGAGUCCAUGCUUGAUUAGAACACCUCCUGAAAUGACUCAUACUAGAUUUCAAUUUGAAUAAGAUUUAUCCUUGCCUCUUCUUGGGUUCAUGAGAUAAUUGAAUAUACUUUGA